GGGCCCCGGCCCAGGAAACCAUGAAUCAAACAGACAAAAACCAACAGGAAGUCCCAUCAUAUCUAAAUGAUGAACCUCCAGAAGGUUCAAUGAAAGAUCAUCCCCAGCAACAACCUGGUAUGCUCUCUCGUGUGACCGGUGGCCUGUUCAGUGUAACCAAGGGAGCCGUUGGUGCCACGCUUGGUGGGGUAGUUUGGAUUGGAGGGAAGAGCCUGGAGGUGACCAAGACAGCCGUUACUUCAGUGCCUUCCAUGGGAAUAGGGCUUGUCAAAGGAGGAGUAUCUGCAGUGGCUGGUGGGGUUACGGCUGUUGGAUCUGCAGUCGUAAACAAAGUGCCUUUAACAGGAAAAAAGAAAGAUAAAUCUGACUAAAAGAUAUUAAGACUUGAUUCAUCUUGCAGCAGUAUGAUGCCAGCGGCAUUGAAUUGCUAAGAUAUGGACCCUCCCAAAAAAAAAAACCCACGUCUUUUUUUUUUUUUUUUGGAUGGUUCUCCGAAGUGCUGUGCUGAAAGUAUUGAAUGACUUCAUCUGCAAAGGACAAGAGACCAGUACUAGCACAGCAUAUGAAGGUUCAUCUGACUGGGUCCAGCUUUUUAUCGGGUGAAAUGUUACAUUUGUUGACUAGUAACUGAAGGUAUGAUAUGUUUGAAUAUUUACUGUCUUUCAGUUCAGCUAAAAAAAUGUGAAAACUGUUGUAGUGGACAAUCUCUGCAGUUGCACAUGCACAGGAAAGUGCCAGGUGACUUCUUAGGAGCCUUUUGAGAAGGGACAGAACUGUACCCUUGAUGUGCCUAAUAGUUUCAGAUGCCUCUUAGCUUUUUCAGGCUAACAAGGCAUAUUUUGCUUGCAGAGGCUAGCAAGCAUAUAACAGGAAUUAGUCUCAAAAAAUGCUCAACCAUUUGAUGUGAUUUAUUUGAGCUAAGUCCUGUAUGUUAGAUUUGCAUUACAUUCACUUAAUCAGUGAUACCGUCAACAGAGAACGUGUUUUCUAGUGCCCACAAUUUCAGAGCAAUUCUUAGAUUAAGCUUUAGACUACUUCGUAUUUCAUAAGAAAUUAGCCUUUGACAAGAAUCUCAGGAGUGUUCAGGUAAAGGCACAUACUGUUGCCAAAAGGUUAAAAAUUGUCGUUAUUGUUUUUUUCCAAAUAAGUGAUGCCUCUCAAAACGUAGGUAAAUUACUUUAAAUCCAGGUUUGUGAUCCAUGGUAACACACAUCUUGCAAGGCUUAAAAGUACUUCUCUUUACAGUUGAGUUAAAUAUUUAGAAAGGUUCCUUAUUAAAAAUGCAGUAAGUAACUUCUAAGUUCGUGUUUCAAGAAUUCACUUUCUGCAUUCCUUUUCCUAUUUUUUAUUCCUAAAGGAAGCAUAAAUCAAUAGAACCAUUUUUUGGAAAGAUAUUUACAUGAAAAGAACACAAUUCAGGAGGUCAUGUUUCCACCUAGUGACAGUGAAGACAGACUCCAGAACUUAAUAUUUGAGCAAUGAAUCUACAGGACAGUUUCCAGAGCAUCUUUACAUGCAGAAUUAAAAAAUGCAAGUUUCAUCUACAGAGCCUUCUGCAGAUUUUCUGAAUGCCAGUUGCAGAUGCAAACACUGAACAUUUAUUACCCAUUGGUCAGUGAUGGCUUUCAUGUUACAUAUGCUCAUUUCCUAAUACCGUGUCUGCAGAGGGCAUAUGAAGCAUGGUUCUGACCUCCCAGUAGGUUCAGUUCCAAAAUAAAAUGUGGAAACAAGUGUACAUUGACCAUAAACUAAAGUCACUGGUAUUUUACUUGUAUUCUGCACCCAGAUCCACUUGCCAGUGUUUGGGUAUUAAAGUAAUCUUCUGGAUUGUCUUUUGCGGGUAAUCAAAACCAUAUCUAAGAUGACUUGGGUAAAACUGCUUCCCAUCAAUGAAAUAUAAAUGUUUGUUUACAGUUAAUUUAGUAAUGUACAACCUAGCAUAUCAGGAUUAAAGCGCAGCAGUAGAUCCAAACGAUUGAAUGUUUAAAUUUAAGACUUUUCUGUGCUUUAUUAAACAUUUAAAUCUUCAACAACCAUGAGUACUGUUUUCAGCAUACGUUAUGUGCUAAAACAAAUCAGUGAGUUUAGCAAAAAUCUUUAAAUUUAAGCGGUAACUUGCUAGGAGUGUAUGUAGAAAACACCUGAAGGUAAUAACAUGUACAACAAGCACCACACUUAGCAAAGAUCCAUGCUAUGAAAUUUUGGCUAAAAUAACGUUGGAGAACUUAUUUACUGUUGUUUGGAAAAGUGAUGUUUGCUUUCCUGUUAGUAUGUUUUCCUAAUUUAUCUCUUGCAGUCAUAGAAGGUGCAGCUUUUUCCUAAACUUCUUUAAAGUGUAAAAUUUUAGUUUAGAGCUUGUGUGCAUAUUUAUUUUUAUUAUUGCUUGUCUCGCAUCAAAAACUAUUCCAAUUGUUUUCUGCUAUUGACAAGCACCUCCGACGCUCCCUUUCAGAUGUUGUAAAGCUAGUUUUUUUGACUUCACAUGUAAAUUGUUUCUGAACAUUUUUCUUCAGUACUUUGUGGCACGGGAGGAGGGCUUUAGAAGAUGGCAGAAAACUAGUCUGUGUGGUUAGUAUAGAGAUAUACUUUGAAAUAAACCUGCCAGUUCGUACAUA